GAGGAUAUAAAAGAGAGAGGGAAAGAGGCUGAUGGCAUUCACUCCAGUCCGCCUUGGUUUUCACUCUCCUCACUCAACGCAGCCCAAAGAAUAGAAAAAUGGCAUUCGCAAGUGCACUCAAUGCAGCUGAAGUCAAGGCCGCUCUGGACGGCUGCUUAGCUGCUGACUCCUUCGACCACAAGAAAUUCUUCAAGGCAUGCGGCAUGUCCGGCAAGUCCGCCGAUGAGAUCAAAAAGGCCUUCCUCAUCAUUGACCAGGACAACAGUGGCUUCAUUGAGGAGGAAGAGCUGAAGCUGUUCCUGCAGAACUUCUCUGCCAGUGCCAGAGCACUCACCGACAAGGAGACCAAGGCUUUCCUGGCCGCUGGUGACAGUGAUGGUGAUGGCAAGAUCGGAGUCGAGGAGUUUGCAUCCAUGGUAAAGGCAUAAAUUUCCAUUGACCAAGAUCCACUCUUUUCAUGGAACUGCGAACUUCUUGCAAGAUUCAGUGAUCAUCAGCUGAAAGAAUAUUUUUUAUAACUUAUUUAUGAGUUGCCUGCGGAUUAUUUCUUAACAUGGAACACAUAUUUUUACUGUGAAUGUUACUCAGAUGUGUUAAAUGUUCUGAAAAAUGACUUGUGCAAACUGUCCAACACCAUCUGCACUUUUGAGGAAGAGUGAAAAACCAGGAAUAAAUAUCUUUUGGUGCAAAGUGA